CAUUUUUACAGAUUCAAAUAAAUCAUUUCAUUUCAUAACUGUGUGCCUAGGGCCGCGACACAUGUCUCCCUGUACAUGGGUAUGCAAUAGGUGUGGAGGCCGAACGCACACGAAUUGGUUCAGGGGGAACGAUGACUGUUGAAGAGGUCGCGUGGUAGAAAAAAUCUUGAGGGUGUGAGUUACGCGAGAAUAAACCUUGUGACAUACUGAAUUCCACACGGGCGAAACCGCGGGCACAGCUAGUUUGUAAAUAAAUUUGUUUUUCUCUGAUGCGGUUUCAGCCAAUCCAACGUUAUUUUGAAAACCGUUAAAUUUGGGUAAAACAUUUACCUCGAUAAGCUUUUCUUUAUAACGCGGUGGUGUUCAUUUAUUAAAUACAGUGUUGCGGUGCGUUUGAGUGUCAACAUCGAAAAUGGUGACCAAAUUAUUUUUUCUAUAUUCACUAUAUUUCUUUCAAAGCUCUGAAUCAUGUGUAUGUAAACAUGAUGUUAGAAAGAAACUUGUAAUCGACCACGAUGGUGGAGCAGACGAUGGCAUGGCUAUAUUCAUGGCUGUGUUGUAUGAAAGAUAUUUUAACGGUCCAGACGUAGUUGCUUUAACGACAACUUACGGGAAUGUGGACGAGAAACAAUCGUUUGAAAACACGCAGAGAAUAUUAGACAUUGCUAACAGGAGAGAUAUUCCAAUAUACAGAGGAAGUCAUCGAUCUCUGGUGAUUGAUUUAGAAACUGACAAUUUCUUCGGAAUAGACGGAUUGGGUGACAAUGAUACUGUAAACUACGAACCCAUUCCAGCGCAGAGGAUGCAUGCGGUCCAGGGUCUUAUUGAACUCUCCAAGAAAUAUAAAGACAAACUCGUAGUAAUGACUGUAGGUCCAUUGACUAACGUGGCGUUGGCUAUACGACUGGAUCCCGGGUUCCUGGGCAGAAUAUCACAACUGUAUAUUGGUGCAGGCCGCAUUUAUGAUAUAAAGAAUCCAGAGCCAGAGUUCAAUGCUGAGAUGGAUGUAGAAGCGUACCGUGUAGUAGCAGAUGCUGCGACUGACGAUAAAGUGACUGUCAUUACGCUUGGUAUUGUUGAAUCCUCCCUUGAUAUUAGCAGGAAUUGGCGUGUAAAUGUAUUAGGAGCUAUACCGACAGCAAUAAUGAAAGCUCAAAACGUCUUUGAAAGAGUAUCGAUAAAAAGCAGCGAUCGAUGGACGUUACUAGACCCGGCUGUUGCAGCAGUCGUUUUAGACAAAGAAAUCGUUGAGGAAGAAAUAACAUCUAAACAUAACAUUAUUGUACAUGAACCACGAAGAGGUGUGAACACCGACGAUUUUGAAUCGAAAGAGCCAAACGUAAAAUUGACUUAUAAAUUGGAUUUAGACUACUAUCGGGAUCUAUUGUUGAAAAUAUUUACAGCAGAACUAAAAUAAUAUAUGAUUGAAGGACUGAUCCUGCUCAAAAAAUAUUUAUUUAUUUAUUAAACGCCUUGGAACUGCCUGUUUUUUAGUUUCUGUGUUUUGUAUAUCUGGUAAAUUAUUGAAAUCGUAAUACUAGUAACAACACAAAAUACAUUUAGCUUCAAAUAUACAGUUAUCACUAAAUCUAUUAAAGCGGCAAGAAUCAUUAAUUUGUAUUGUAGUAACAUGACGAGACGACAAUGAACUAAAUUCAUAUUACUCACGCGUUCUCAAAUAAUGAAUAAUUUUACAUUCCGCAUCC